AUGUUGACGGUCGAGAAGCAGUGGAUUAAUGUGCAGCAGAAGACCUUCACCAAGUGGCUAAAUGACAAGUUGAAGGCACGAGGCCUGUCCAUCGAUGACCUGGUCACUGAUCUCUCCGAUGGAACUGUUCUCAUCCACCUCCUCGAGAUCCUCGGCGGCGAGUCCCUAGGUCGCUAUGCGUCGAAACCCAGGCUGCGGGUGCAGAAGUUCGAAAAUGUCAACAAGAGUCUGGACUUCAUCAAGGGGAGGAAGAUCCAGAUGACCAAUAUCGGUGCCGAGGAUGUCGUCGACGGGAAUCGCAAGAUCGUGCUGGGCCUGAUUUGGACGCUUAUUCUACGCUUCACCAUCAGCGACAUCAACGAGGAGGGCAUGACGGCCAAGGAGGGGUUGCUGCUAUGGUGUCAGCGCAAAACAGCGUGCUACGACGAUGUCGAGGUGCGCGACUUCUCGUCUAGCUGGAACGAUGGCCUGGCUUUCUGCGCCCUGCUUGACAUUCAUCGACCGGAUCUGAUUGAUUACGACUCACUGGACAAGAACGACCACCGCGGCAACAUGAAGCUGGCGUUUGACAUUGCCGCCAAUGAGAUCGGUAUCCCAGACCUGCUCGAUGUGGAUGAUGUGUGUGAUGUGCCGCGACCUGACGACCGCUCUCUGAUGACCUAUAUCGCCUACUGGUUCCAUGCGUUCUCACAGCUGGAAAGAGUCGAGAAUGCGGGGCGACGGGUGGAAAAGUUUGUCAAUAACAUGCACGGCGCAUGGGAGAUGCAGAACUCCUAUGAGCGCCGUGUGAGGGAGCUGCUACGGCUCAUCCGAGGCCAGCGCGAGGAAUGGAAGAAUUCUUCAUUCGAGGGCACCUACAAGGAUGUCAAGGAGCAGGCGCACGAAUUCUCGAUGUACAAGCGGAAUGAGAAACGCCAGUGGGUGGCUGAAAAAUCCGAUCUGGCAGCACUGCUGGGUAACAUCAAGACCAAGCUGGGGACUUACCGAUUACGUGCCUACGACCCGCCCCAGGAGCUGAGCCCUGAGAACUGUGACAUGGAGUGGGAGUGUCUGACGCGGGACGAGCAUGAACGCAGUCAGCUCAUCAAUGAGACGAUACGGGAUAUCAAGAACUCUCUGCGUCGCUCCUUUGCGGAUAAGGCGAAUGACUUUGCAUUGACGCUGAAAACCCUGUCUCUGGCCAUCUCCGGGCUCGAUGGUGAUGUCGAGGACCAACUGGACCAUGUCAAGAAGCUGAACGACAACCUGCCGCCCCUCGAUGCUUUCCUCGAUUCAAUUGCCGUGCUGGAUGAGCAGUGUGCCGAGGCCAAUAUCGAAGAAAACGAUUUUACCACCUUCACCCUAGACGAACUCUCGUAUGAGCUAAGUCUCGUGAAGUCAAGUAUCUCCAAGAAGCUGGCCUUUUUGGACAACCAGAUGGUUGCCCGGAACAUGACGAACCUCACCCCCAUCCAGCUGGAGGAAUUCGAAUCAGUAUUCCGUCACUUUGACCGUGAUGCCUCCAACACCCUACAAGAACUCGAGUUCUCGGCGGCACUGGCGAGUUUGGGACUGGUUUACGACGAGGAGGAAAUGCACCAAGUGUAUGUGGACGUCUGCGGUCCCAACCGACUGGCACAAAAUGCCGGGGUCAGUUUUGAGCAAUUCAUUCGGUUCAUGGUCAGCGUCACCGAGGAUCAAAACACCGCCGAGCAAGUCUUCCAGAGCUUCAAGGAAGUUGCCGAUGGCAAGCCUUAUGUCACCGAGCUGGAUCUCCGACACUCGCUGAUCCCCGACGAAGUCAUUGAUCACCUGGUCAAGACCAUGCCCCAGCACGACGGGCCCGAUCUUCUCGAGGACCGCGAUCUGGCCAAGUUCGACUACAUCAGCUUCAUGGAGAAAAUGAGAGAGGAACAAAAAAAGAAUGGAAAUGAGUGA